AUGGCUGAUUGGUCUGCAGUCUACUCUGAUCUGCUGUCCUCCUAUGUGGAGCAGUACACAGAUGCCCAAGGGAAUCCUGACCUCAGGGCUCAGAUCCUGGCUGAUGUGAAAUCCCAGAUCCUUCAGCAAGCAUCAUCAGGAUCUGUGGAAUUGCCCCAGAACUUGAGAGUGGCCAUCAGAAGGGUGUUUUUGCAAGAACUAGACCCUGAAGACAGAGAUGAUGAGGAACACACCAUUGAGAGCAUCCUGGCUGCAACAGACAAGAGGAAGGAGCAGCCUGGGACUGGUGAGGAUGAGGAUGCCAGAGAGGAGAGGAUCAGACCUACCAAGGCUGGAAACUACAGAAAACCCUUCACUGAUUUUACUGCCUCCCAGCAGCUCUUCAAAGAGGACAUGGAUGCCUAUGAUAGGGAGAGGAGGGACACCAAGGACCCCAAGACCAUAGGUCAGAGAACCAAAAUCAUCCAACAGUGGUGGGAGUCUCUUGCAGAUGACAAGAAGGCUGAAGCAGGGAGGGCUGCUUCCAAGUGGAAUAAGUUGGGUGCUCCAAAAGAAACUCAUGAAUUGUACAGGAGAAAAAAUUUUCCCAGCAUGGCCAGAGACUUUAUUGAAACAGUCAGGCAGACCAUGGGGUCAAAUAUAGUGAUGUUUCUGGCUCAUGAGACUACUGAUUCUCAGAUCAAGAUGGCAGUCUUUGAAACACAACCCCCUGAUGGGAAGAAGGCCUUCUCAGAGUCUUCAGAGCCCACCAAGGAUUGGGUUCUAAAUGGAGAGCAAAUGUUGACCAAUUAUCUUUUGACUGAAGCUGCUGAGGAAGAUUUGAAUGAUGAGAAUCACCAGGUGGAGAUAGCCCUUGAUGAUGAAGGAAACCCGGAGGUACCAGCUUGGACUGGUCAGAAUCUGAAGGUCCAGCAGAGUUUGGCAAGAAUGGUCUUCCAGGCUGCCUAUGCAAAGUUUACAGGGAAGCCCAAGGCCAAGGUUCCCUGGGGCCUGCUUAUCAAGUCCUCUUUGGAGUAUCUGAGUUCCAAUUCCAUCCCAGAAGGAUUCAUGAUGAAGGAUCCUUCAAAGUGGACCAAGGCCAACAUGCAGAUGCUUUGGAAUCAUUGGAAUUCCCAAGAGGAGGAGGAUAAGGGAUAUUUCACACAAGACACCUACCACUUCUCACAACUGCCCUUCAACUUUGCCACUGAGGAGUCCAGAGCUGCCUAUGACACUGCAGCAUCAAAGCUAGCUUCAGGUCUGACUACCUUUGCUAAGGUAGUCAUUUUCCUUACUACCCAUACUGAUGAAGACAGGGGGGAUCUGUUCUCUGGAAUGGAGAAUAAGGUUCCAGUAGCCACAGAGGUCUUUGAGUUUCUGCAAGGCCUUCUGUUACCCUUCUCCAACAUUGUCAAGUGUGGAGAUCUCAUCUUCUUUGUAUGUGGUUCUACUUUAAGGAAGGAGGAGAGCUUCCAAGGACUGAAGGAAGCUGUGCAACAGUAG